GGAAACUUUACAGUGUCGCGCCCAUUUGGUGGUUGCUAGGUAAACCUACCUGACAGCUCCGCCAUCGCCGAUUCGUGUCCACCAGCACGAGGUGGCAGUUGCCUGAGAAUUAAAUCAUGGCUGGACAAAUAUCAGAAUCAGAUCAGAUCAAGCAGUUUAAGGAAUUUCUUGGAACAUACAACAAACUAACAGAAACCUGCUUCCUAGAUUGUGUGAAAGAUUUCACUAGCCGAGAAGUCAAACCGGAAGAAAUGACUUGUUCAGAACACUGUUUACAGAAGUAUUUAAAAAUGACCCAGAGGAUAUCUAUGAGAUUUCAGGAGUACCAUAUUCAGCAGAAUGAAGCAUUGGCUGCCAAAGCAGGACUUCUCAGCCAGCCCCGCUAGGAAACUGCAGAUUGUCCACAUGAAGGAAUGCCAGCAUUGAUGGCACUGCAUGUGAGGCGGGCCUUGGUGUCUAGCGCUACUCCAGCAACACCUACCACCAGCUCAGAAUGGAAGAACUUAAAGAAUGAUCCAACUGUCUCAAAUUAUCUGGUCCACAGUUGGGACUGACAACAGCCAUGGAGCUGAUGGAGCUUUUUUCCAAGAUUGUCUUUUAAUGUGUGCAAGAAUAAUGUUGAUUCCAUCUUUUCUGAAAAGAUGGAUUGGUUCUACAUGUUAUUAGGUUACAGAUAAGGAAAGAACACACACUUUAUUUUUUGUUCCCAGUACAAUGAUUGUUCAUUUUAAAACACAAGUGUGUUGUCCAAAAUUUUAUGCAAAAGCAUCUAAAACAAGGUUUAUUUUUUAUUUAAUCAAAGUAAAACAGGUAAGAACUACUGUU